AAGAUGAAGGUAUCUUUUGGCGCUUUCGUUAUCGCAGCUGGCAUCUGCGGGAUGCUAAGCUUUGCCUUUUUGGCCACUUCCCUCGGCACCGAUUAUUGGUACAUUAUAGAAAUGAAUCCCAUGAAUGUCAGCGACUUUGAGAACAUGAGCUCCCACUCGGGACUGUGGAGCAUCAACGAAGGUGGGAAGAUGCACACGGGCUCUAUCGACUCGUUCACAGUUGACUACUCCGGAGUCUCCGACACCGAGCUGCGCAUGCUGAACAUGCACAGUGCAAUUGUGGUGAUGCUUCCCCUCAGCCUGGUUCUGUUGCUCUUUGGAGGCAUCUGUGGAUUGGUCAGCUCCCUGGCUCGUAGCCCGAUCCUCCUCACCGGCACGGCGUCGUACUUCUUCAUCUGCAGUCUGCUGACUAUGUGCGGCGCCAGUCUCUACAUCAUUUACUCGAACCAGGCACUGGCUGAGACUGAGAGGCUGGUGGGUCAGGAGGGUCUGGCCUACAUUCACACGUCUUUCGGCUGGUCCUUCGGUCUAGCCUGGCUCUCCUACGGCCUGGAGCUCCUUACUGGAGUACUGUUGCUUACAGCUGCACAAAUGGCCAAGCUCCAGCACACCAGUCCCAUCAUGGCCUAA